AUGGCUUCGGAGAAGAUGGAGACGUAUCACGGCUACGUACGGACUCCGGCGGAUGCCAUCAAGCUGUUCGAAGCUUGUCGGCUGGGCCUUUUGCCUCGAGUUCAGCGUCGACUUUCAGAAAAGGAGAGACAGUCCAUCCGAUCCGGGUCAGUUUUCGUAUGGGACGAGCGGGAAGCAGGCAUGAGGCGAUGGACCGAUGGAAAGUCAUGGAGCGCCAGCAGAGUAUCAGGCAGCUUCUUGACCUACCGCGAAAUGGAGGGCAAGCGAGGCGGCGGCUUUGGCGGAAGCAGACGAGGGAAUGGCAAGACACCAGAAUCCGGCCGUGGCAGUGACGAGGAUCACGACGAUGGCGAACCCGAGGGUUAUCGAUACAAGGCAGAUGGUCUCAUGAAGCAGUCGUUCAGCAUUACGACCUCGAGCGGCCAGCAUCUCCACCUCAUCUCCUACUACUCUCGACCCCAGCCCGGCCAGCCCGAGCUCCCUCAGCCAACCACCGACCCCAACUUGCGAGCAAUCGUUCCUGUCAAGGGCAUGUACCCCGAAUCAAGCAUGGGCGAGACGAACCAGACACCGGCACUCACCAGGGCGCCGAUGCAGCAGCCGCCUUACAUGAUUGCUCCUCAGCAUCACCCUCCUCACCCGGCUCACCAACCAUACGCAACCCACUACGCGCAGCCAGGAUAUGCGUGGCCUCCAUCGCCAGUUGCGACGCCUCCGUAUGCCCACUACGCUCCGGCCCCUUACUCCCAUCCUCCCCCCGGCCACCAUCUCCCAGCUCCAUACCCUCCCCAAGGACCACCGCCGCCACACCAUGCGUAUGCGCCGCCUCCACCUCCGGCACCAGCGGCACCACCACCGUCACAUCACUACCAGCAUGCCCCGGUUCCUUACGAUCGCCCUUCGGCUUACGAGCGCCCUGCGUUGCCGCCUCUGCAAAACGCCCCAAGGCCUGCUGCUCCACUGCCUCCGUACCCUAGCCAGCAGUAUUCGCAGGGACCGACGCCGCCCCGUAUCCACGACUCUCCUCACCAACACACCUUGCAGGCUGCCGCGCAAGCUGCCAUCGGAGACUCACGAACCAUGUCCGACAAGAAGCCCCAAGGACCUCUCCCGGCGCUGGGUGCCAUGGCCAAUGGCCCUCUUGCUCCGGCGCACAGCGGACUGCACACCCCUCCUACGCGGCCACUGAGCUCGAGCCCGCCUCAAAGCUCUCAUCUGGAGGUCCACAGCACGAAUGGUAACAAGGCUAGCCUGUCUGUUCUCCUGCACCCUACGACGUCUUCAAACUCGGAGGCUGGCGCAAACGGCAGUGCACACAGCAGCCCAAGGACAUCAAACAUUGCCCUCGCCGAAAAGGGAGGCGCAAGCGAAGAUACUCGUGCCCUGAGGAUGCUCGAUCGCAAGUUUUGUAUCUAG